UUUUUUGCGGAUUUUCUGCAAAUCCUUUGCGGACUUUCUGCAAAUCCUUUGCGGAUUUUCCGCAAUUUUUUCCUUAAAACUUUUCGCCUCUGAAGGGUCAGGGGUCCAACCCUACAUGGAUAAUGCAUAUAAUUUUGACUUGAUUUCUUGAGUUUUUUAUAUUUUUAAAUUAUUUUUUUAAUUAAAAUUAAAAAAAAAUUUUUUUGUUUAAAUAAUAGUUGCUUUUCAAUUUUAUUUUUAUUCAUUUUUUAUUUUUUUUUACUAGAAAUUUUUUAAGGGAGAAUGAAUAUUAUUUUUGUCAGUUUUCUAUUUUUGCUGACAAAAAUUUUAAUUUUAAAAAUUUCUUCGGCCGCAAAUAUUGAUGAAAAUAAUGGAGAUGAUGAAGAUAUUUACAAAGGAAAUUUGUAUAGACGAGAAGAAUUUAAUAACAAAUCUGAACCGGAAUUUUAUAAAAAUAUUGCCCGUAUAAACGAAUUUCGACAUGUCAAUUCAGAAUGGAGUGUGGCCCACAAAUGUCGAAUUUCUUCAUCAUUUCAUACAAAUGAGCAAUGUAUAAAUACAAAUCAAUUUUGUUUUUCUGCUCAACUCAAUUAUAAUUUUAUUGAACAAAACUACAAAUUUGGAAAUUUUCCUAAACAAUUGGAAUUUUUGAGACAUUUUCCAAGGUGUUGGUUAAGGCUUGCACCUUUAAUUUGUUUGGGUCAUUAUCGACCUUGUGAAGUUUCAGAAAAAAAUAUAGCAAAUCAAUUGUAUGUACUCAUGGAACAAUUUUCAAUGACUUCUUGUACAAAUAUGUUAAAUCAUUGUGGCUUUGCAAUGGAACAUUUGUUAACACAUUUUCCUGGAUAUUUAAAUUGUGAUGCUUUUUUUGAAGGAAAUAAAUCUGGAAAUAAUUCAGACAAAAUUAUUUACAAGAAGGAUUGCAAGAUUAACUACACAAAAGUCCAUCCAGAACUAGCUUCUUUAGCUACUGAUUCUUAUCAAUGUCUGUGGCCUUUGAUAAAUCCUGGAAGAUUGUCCUUAAUAAAUGAUGGGUUUACAAAUUCUUCUUUAAAUAAAAUUCAAGUAGAGCCGGUAAUUGAUGGGUGUUAUUUACCUUGCAGGUCACCCCUUUUCAAUUUUGAAAAUUUGCACAAUUAUAAUUUUGUUGUUGCUAUUUUACAUUUUUGUAUUGUUGUUUUCAUUUUGUUGUCAAUUUCUUUUAUUGUUGCAAAGAAUUCUCAAAAACAUUUUUGUCGUCGGCAAAAACAUCAACUCAACAAUUAUUUGCCCAACACUUUUCGUUUUUCAAUUUUUUCAAUUUUAUUCUUUAUUGCAAUUAAUUCUUUAAUUAUGGCCAUUUCAAUAUUACCUCAAAAUGAGGGUGAAGGAAUUAUUGGAGACUUGGCUAUUUGUUUAAAUUUAAAUGGAAUUUUAAUUAGAAGAUCUUCAGAAAAUUUGUUAAAUGAUGGGUAUUUUUUUGAAAUUUUUUAUUAA